AUGGACAUCUUGACUCUCCAGAAGUGGGCCUACACAGACGGCGUUCCCAGCUACAACGCCAUGGCGUAUAGCUUGCUUCAGCACUACAGUGGCAUCCCAGAGGCUAAUAUUGACAGUCACUUGCUACAUAUUCGCAAGCUCGCCUGGGAUGCAUCUCGACAGCCAUUCAUUGGGCGCUGGAAGUUCUUGCGCCUCGCCAAACCUUUAGACCCGUGCUACCAACAGGUUCUAUUUCGUCUCACGCUUCCAGAAUCUACAGACAGCAUACUGGAUAUCGGCUGCGGCUUCGGGCAGGCACUGAGGCAACUACGCGCCAAUGGGGUUGCGGGCUCCAAGCUCUUUGGUGCCGAUAUUGAACCUCGCUUCAUCAGCCUGGGCUACGAUCUCUUCCGUGACAAGGAAACGCUGGGAGCAACAUUUGUCACUGGCGAUUUGCUGAAUCCUGACGAUCGGCGGUUAGAUGUGCUGUCUGGGCGCUUCACAAUCGUCCACGCCGACAGCUUCUUCCACUUGUUGUCGUGGACGGAGCAGCUAUACGCCGCCAAACGACUGAUUAUGGACGAUCUACCCGACAAGGGUUUCUUCGGCUGGCAGCAGGCCGUAUCUGCAUAA